AACAACUUAAUAUAUUCAUUUUGAACAUUGUAAUUUUCAUUCUAAAAUAAUUUUAAUUACAAGUUUGCCGGCGUCCAUCUCAUAAAGAAAGGCCAUUUUUCCAAGUUGUUCCUGUGAUAAAGAAAAGAAAUUGAUACCUACAGCUAAUUUCUAACAAUCCCAUGGAUACGAUUUUUUCCAAGUAUUUCGUGUGUUAAAGAAAUUGAUACCUGCAGCUAGUUUCUAACAAUCCCUUGGAUACGAUGAGUACAGGGCCAAAUGAGUUUGGAGCUUUUAGAUCUCAUGAAUCCGUUGAGAACUCUCCGCAGAAACCGUCAUGGCCUACUUCUGGAGGGGAACAAGAUGAUAGGGCAUCUACUGAUGAUGAGNGUUCCUGUGAUAAAGAAAAGAAAUUGAUACCUACAGCUAAUUUCUAACAAUCCCAUGGAUACGAUUUUUUCCAAGUAUUUCGUGUGUUAAAGAAAUUGAUACCUGCAGCUAGUUUCUAACAAUCCCUUGGAUACGAUGAGUACAGGGCCAAAUGAGUUUGGAGCUUUUAGAUCUCAUGAAUCCGUUGAGAACUCUCCGCAGAAACCGUCAUGGCCUACUUCUGGAGGGGAACAAGAUGAUAGGGCAUCUACUGAUGAUGAGCAGAAUGGGAAUAAGGAAGAUGGUAAAAACCAGUUGGUGAUUUAUGAUCCUUCCGUCAAUGGUGCUGCCGAAAUUGCCCUAAUUCCCGAUUCUUCGCAAUCUCCCCAAUUACCUGGUGCGUCAAAAGUGUACCGAUCUGUUGGGGCUUUUGCUGUUCAGUGUGCCAAUUGUUUCAAAUGGAGGCUUAUCCCAAAGAAGGAAAAAUACGAGGAGAUAAGGGAACAUAUAUUAGAAGUUCCCUUCUUAUGUGAAAUGGCUCGGGAAUGGAAGCCUGAGAUAUCUUGUGAUGAUCCACCAGAUAUUACUCAAGAUGGAAGUAGCCUGUGGGCUAUUGAUAAACCCAAUAUUGCUGUCCCCCCUCGUGGCUGGCAGCGGCUUUUGAGAAUCAGAGGUGAUGGAGGGACUAGAUUUGCGGAUGUGUAUUAUGUUUCGCCAUCGGGCAAGAGAUUCCGAUCCAUGGUUGAAAUUGAGAGGUACUUGGAGGAACACCCUGAGUGUGUACAUGAUGGUGUAAGUUUAUCCCGGUUUUCAUUCCAGACCCCAAAGCCUUUGCAGAAGAACACUGCACUGAAAAAACGUCCUCCUGCAAUGUCUACACCUUCACAUGAUGGCUUUGCUCCACUAUUGCCUGCAUAUCGUGACCUUUCAGAAGCAAAUCCGGUAGCAUGGAAUUUUCCAAAUAAAGGUUCAGAAGUCAAACUCUGUGAGCCAGGGGUCUCUCUUAAUCCCAAUGCCUGUGAUAUUGAAUCUUGUGGCGAAUCAACUAUUAAAAGGCAGAAACAGUCUACGGAUCCGUCCAUUGCCGACAUUUAGAAGAAUUACACGUUCUUUUUCUUCUUCGUUCAGAAAACCUCUUUUUAUAUAUAUGCCCAUGGGCACUUCCACACUUUGGCUUUCAGUAGAUUUACGAUGCCUGAUAAAAUCUUUCGAUUUUAUUUGCAGUCCAACGUUUGUUGAAGCUAGGCUUAGGGACUACUAUGCAGCCAUUCAUAUUGUAUUACUCUAUAAAAACGAUUCAUUGACCAGGAGUUUGUAAAGCCCCCAGAGUUUAAUCCUACCAAAAUGCAUGAAGUUUGACACUUUCACCUUACAAAGGAGUAUAAAUGGGAUGGCUUUGAAGCCCCUUGUGUAAGCCCACGGCCUAUUGAGCCCUUGUGUUGUAAGGUAUACCCCCCCUUUCUACAUGGUAAAAUGAGUCAUUCUGUAAAUUGUUUGGUAUUCAGUUCUCUGGACUUACUUUUUGUGUGUGUUGGACAUCAUUG